GGGAAACCUGGGCUCCCAUACUAACCUCAUCUACAACAAGGUAAUUGGAUCGGUCAGCACAAUGCUGGCAAUCAUGUAAGACAAGACAAACUACUGAAUGCUUCGAAAAGCUUGUCCUGACACCAGCUCUCCGCCGCAAGCUAUCCGAAAGAAUAUGCCAACAGUGCCGCCCAGCAGAAUGUGUCUUCCAUCACGUUUGCAGGGACAGUGCUCGGCAUGCUCAUCUUUGGCUACUGUUCUGACUACUUCUCACGCAAGAAUGCGCUACUUGCCUCGACUGGGAUCCUCAUCGUCACAGCCACACUCUGUACGGGUGCCUACGGAUACCAAGGCAGCAUCUCGGGGUUGUUCGUCGCACUGACGGUAUAUCGUUUCUUUCUGGGCGUGGGCAUUGGCGGCGAAUAUCCAGCCGGAUCCGUCGCCGCCGCAGAAGCCACGGGCGAAUUGAAGCAUGGCCACCGGCACCGAUGGUUCAUCCUCUUCACCAAUGUGCAGAUCGAUCUCGGAUUCGUCAUCGGCGCGUUCGUACCCUUUGUCUGCGUGUGUAUCUGCUCGGAACGGCAUCUGCGGCUUGCCUGGCGUCUGGCUCUGGGGUUUGGGGUUCUUCCCCCAUUGAGCUUGCUGUAUCUGCGCACCAAACUGCAAGAGCCCGAAGAGUACAAAUACCAGACCAUCAAGGGAGGAGCCUCGGUGCCCUGGUCCUUGGUCGUGAAGCGCUAUUGGAAACGUUGGUUGGUGGUCUCCUCACUAUGGUUCAUGUACAAUUUUUCGUCCUACGCCUUCGCGAUCUACUCGAGUACUAUUCUAACGGUCAUCUUGGGAGACUCCGCGCCACUAUGGAAAAGCUUUGGCUGGAACACGGUGAUCAACCUUUUCUAUAUCCCCGGAGCCAUCCUGGGAGCUUUUCUCUCCGACAUGGUUGGAGCUCGAAGGGCUCUCGUCCUGGGCCUCGGCGCUCAAGCCAUUGUAGGGUUUAUCAUGGCUGGCUGCUAUGUGCCGCUCGCACAGCCGCAGCAUAUCGCCGGGUUUGCCGUUGUGUAUGGGAUUUUCCUGUCCUUGGGUGAGCUGGGUCCAGGCGACAACAUCGGUAUCGUCGCCUCCAAGACUUCUGCGACGGCCAUACGGGGCAGAUACUACGGCCUCGCAGGCGCCCUGGGCAAGACCGGCGCCUUCGUGGGUAGCUACGUCUUUCCAAUCAUGGAACGGAACGCUCCUGGGGGACCCUCGGGGGACCGUGCUGCCCAGGAUCCCUUCUGGGUCGCGAGCAGCUUGUGCGUCUUCAGCUGUGUCUUGGUGUGGUUUUGCUUGCCGGAAAUAGGACAGACGACCAUCGCGGACGAGGACAUGGCCUUCCGCUCGUAUCUCGAGGAGAAUGGAUGGGACACGCGGCAGAUGGGCAUUGCUGCCGAUGAGUGAGACGGUCAGAACGACCGAAUUGAGACCAAAUAAUAGUAGCCAGGGCUGAUGAUGGAAAGAAUGACGCGUAAAAGGACAGCUUUGAUUGACUCUCUUCGCUCCCUCGGUUGAUUCUGCAGAAUGUUACUAGCAGCUUUCAAUUGCAGACCGUGGUACUUUGUAUAUAUUGGGGGGGUUUCGGUUCUAAAUAUCAUUAGGGCUGAACCUAUGGUUACCUAGGGGGCAGCUAUGCUGUUCCCGAGGAUGACACUAUUCUCGAGCCGCACGAUAUGAACUCGAGAGAUUUGUACAAUUACGUCUGUUACUGGAACGGGG